AUGAGGCGGGGCCGCUCUCCGAGCUCGCCCUCGCCCUAUCGGGCGCUGGCCCAUCAUCAACAAGCCGCGGGUGCUGGCACUUCGUCCGAUUCCGUCUCACUUAUUCGAUCUUUUAAUGUCGAAAACAACCCGACACGGCCCGUGCGGCCAUCGCCGCUCACGGCUUCUACCAUCAGAGACAUGCCCUUGGAUCUGGUUGAUCGCAUGAGAUCGUUUCCCCUUUUCAUGUCCGCUCCCGAGGCUUUCCUUAUUGCCAUCGGAAACAACCUGAAGCCCCAGGUUCAUGGUGCAAAUGACCACAUCGUCACCGAGGGCGAUGACGCAAAGGCCAUGUACUGGCUGGUUCGCGGCGUCGUCGCCGUCACGUCUCGCGAUGGCGAGGCCGUUUAUGCGGAGCUGAAACCUGGUGCCUUCUUCGGCGAAAUUGGCGUUCUUAUGCAAAUGCCACGAACAGCCACCAUCAUUGCCCGGACAAAGUGUUUGCUCCUCGUGUUGAAGAAGGAGGAUUUGCAGGCCGUGAUGCCUGCAUUCCCCGAUAUGGAGAAGGCGAUCCGUGAAGAGGCGCAAGAACGUCUAAACGUCCUCAAGAAACGACGCCAAGAAGGAGGCAAGCUGCUCAUGUCUCCUAAAAUGGAUUAUGUGACCCGAGAAGUCGCCCCCGGCGAGGUGUCGACAGGAGAGACGGGCGUCAUCAAGGAUGGCGCAGUCAUCAACUCAAAGAAGAGAAAGUCCCCUAGCCCUGGCAUUAUCGAAGAUCCCGCAGCCGGCAGCGCUUUGGGAAGCGGAUUGGUGAACAUCCGCAAGACUUUGAAAGAACUCCCUCUCUUUUCCACGCUCCCUGUAGAUAUCCUACAUUUCCUUGGCUUGAGUGUUCAGCCCAGGACAUACACCCCUUUCACAGACAUUGUCCGUCAGGGUCUUCCCGGAAACGAAAUUUUCUUCAUCGUCCGGGGCGAAGCAGAAGUCAUUCACGAUGAGCCAAUUCAGGCCGUGAGCGGAUCGAUUCAGAGGAGACCACGGCUGAAAGCAGGCCAAUAUUUUGGAGAAGUGGCGAGCUUGGGACUCUCUCGCGGCCGAACCGCCACAGUGAGAUCUAUCACCACGGUCGAGUGCCUCAUGAUUACUGGCAGUGUUCUCGACGAGUUGUGGAGACGGUGCCCACCGGAUAUCAAGUCUCAGGUUGAGGAGACGGCGCGCCUGCGAUUGCAAACACAAAACGACGAUAUCGACAUGAUGGAUGUAGAGGGAAAGGCGAAGGCGAAUAAAUCCGAUCCUCCGACCCCGACGACACCGACACGAGGCUCAUUACCUGGUCUCACCUUCUCUACUCCAUCAAAACCUAGCUCCCCAGUCAAGGAGGAUUCAGGAGGCAACAUGGAGCCCAAGGACCCGGACCCGUUCUUGAGUGUCAACAUGGAGAACCUCAGGAACCGUCGACGUCAUUCGUUGGCUCCACCAACUCCCCAGACCGAAGGCUCAGUAUCGACGACGAACGGAGUGAGAUCUCGUUUAGCAGAGAUAACGCCCAUCAAGUUCGCCUUCUCCCAGUCUCCCCCGCCAGAUGACCCGGAAGACCUCCCGGCCAAGCGAGUUAAGGUUUUGCCUCGGCGACCACUUAGCCUGAGCAAGCCUGUUCUCUCCGACGAGAUUCUGACCUACAUUUUCAAGCACGCCGAUAUUGGAGAGCUUUUUCGCUUACGCCUCGUCAGCUCUCACUGGCGCAAAAUUCUUACCACAUCCCCAAAGGUCUGCCAGUACGUCAACCUAGCAAUUUACAACCGCACAAUCACCGAUGAGAUCAUCAUCAAAGUUCUUGCUCCCUUUGUGGGAACUCGUGCGCGGACGAUAGACCUUAGCAACUGUUUCCACAUUACGGAUGUGGGAUUCGCGGCCCUAUGGCGCAAAUGUGGUAAAAAUGUCACCCAUUGGAAGAUGAAGUCAGUCUGGGACGUUUCCGCCAAUCAGAUCCUAGAGAUGAGCGAGACCGCCAAGGAUCUUGAGGAGGUAGACUGGAGCAAUUGCCGCAAGGUAGGGGAUAACCUACUUGGCCGUGUGGUUGGGUGGGUUGUACCCGAUCCGGCACCAGCAAACAAACAGGUUGUUAUCUCGAGCUCAACCACUAGGUCCAAGAGCAAGGCCCAGCAGCAACAGCAACAGCAACAGCAGCAGCAGCAGCAGAGGGCGCAGAACAUGCCCCCUCCAGGAACAGUCAUUGGAUGCCCCAAGCUAAAGCGCCUGAAUCUCUCUUACUGUAAACAUAUCACAGACAGAUCAAUGGCUCACCUCGCCGCCCAUGCAUCGAACCGCAUAGAAUCCCUUCAACUCACUCGGUGUACAUCGAUCACAGACGCUGGUUUCCAGUCAUGGGCCCCCUUUCGAUUCGAGAAACUUUCUCGGCUUUGUCUCGCGGACUGCACGUACCUGUCGGACAACGCAGUGGUGGCUUUGGUCAACUCGGCAAAGAAUCUGACGCACCUCGACCUAUCAUUCUGCUGCGCUCUUUCUGACACAGCCACAGAGGUUGUGGCUCUUCGCCUCCCUAAACUCCGGGAACUGCGCCUAGCAUUUUGCGGAAGCGCGGUAAGCGACGGAAGUUUGGAAAGCGUAGCGCUUCACCUGAAUGAUUUGGAGGCUCUCAGCGUCCGCGGUUGUGUCCGGGUCACAGGCAGAGGCGUGGAGAAUGUUCUGAAUGGUUGUGGACGACUCAAUUGGAUCGAUGUGAGCCAAUGCCGCAAUUUGGAGGGGUGGCUGCGAGGAGGAGGCGUUGCAAACUAUGGGUUCGAUGAUCGAGCCGGCAACCCCCCAGCUGAGAGCGUGUCCAGCGAGAGUUCAGAGGAGGGUGUGCCGCUUACUGAAGCAUUCGAGGAAGAAGCUCGGGUGCCUAAGACGAUGAGCGUCGCCAUGUUGACGACGCAGAGAUUCAUGCCACGGUCUGCCUUUGGGCUGCGAAUGAGGAGGGCCAGACGGCCGGGGCCCGCGCGCCUCGCGCAGCGGCUGCCCGAGCUCUCCAAGACGGCCCUGCGAUCCGCCGCGCCCGUCCGAAACUUCCACACCCCGGCCAAGCCGACACCGGGCUUCUUCUCCUCGCGCAUCUCGUCGGCCACCACGCGCAGCGCCUUCCACCGAUUCAGCGGCUCCGGCGCCCGCUCGUACUACCAGGAGACGGCGCGGCAGCAGCAGGCCGCCGCCGCCAGCUCGACCACCACCCGCAAGCUGCUCGUGGGCGGCGCCAUCUUCGGCGGUACCCUCGUCGCCAUCAAUGCCGUCUUCAACCGCGAGACCCGUGAGGAUGGCGGCAUGCCCAUCUACGAGCGCGAGUACCUGAACAACACCUUCCUGCACACCGGUUUGGGAAUCGGAAUCAUUGGCUUGACGGCCCGCCAGAUGGUCCAGACCGGCUUCGUGUACCGAUUGAUGGUGACCAACCCUUGGGUUGUUGGCAUUGGUGGUCUUGCGCUCAGCUUUGCGACCAUGAUUGGCACUCGAUCCAUCGCCCCUGACAACUACAUCCCCAAGUACGCCCUCUGGACCGCUUUCAACGCCACCCAGGCUGCCUUCGUCGCCCCUCUUCUCGCCUUCGUCCCCGGUGCCCUCCUCGCCCGUGCCGGUCUCUACACCUUUGCCAUGAUGGGUGGUCUGGCUAUUGUCGGCGCCACUGCUAAGCAGGAGAAGUACCUGUACAUCGGUGGUCCUCUCCUGGCCGGUGCUGCCAUCGUCGCCGCUUCUGGUCUUGCUCCCCUCCUCAUCCCCGCCACUGCCGUCCGAACUCUGGCCUUCACUGAGAACCUCUGGCUGUACGGUGGUCUCGCCGUCUUUGGCGGCUUCACCCUGUACGAUGUCCAGAAGGUGCUGUCCCACGCCCGCCUGGCCCAGGCCGGUGUUAUGCGCCGUGACCCCGUCAACGAGAGUAUCUCGCUGGAGCUCGAUUUCCUCAACAUCUUCAUCCGGAUGGUACAGAUCCUGAUGAUGCAGCAAAACCGACGAAAGUAA